GUAGUUGUUAUUUGUCAGGAUAAGUGCACUAGCGUUAAGAGGAAAUAAUAAGUGAUCAUAAAAAAAUAUGAAAGUCGCAGCCUUAUUGCUGGUCUGCGCAAUCAGUUUAGCUCAAGGAAAAGAUAUUGAGCUGAAUGAGAAUGGCUGUCCGAUAGAUCACACUUUUGAAAAACUCUACCCACACGAAAAUUGCAACAAAUUUUAUCAAUGCACCCACGGAAAUCUUGUCGAAAAGAAGUGUGCCUCGAACCUCUUUUUUGAUGUUGAAAAACAAGAAUGUGAUUGGUCUGAAACAGUUGAUUGUGGUGAUAGGGUUAUACCAGACGAGAAAGAAGACGAAGACUGUGAUGAGAACGAAGGUGAGAAUAAUGACAACAAUGGUACUUGUAACUGCAAUCCAGCUGAAGCGCCAAAUAUCUGUUCUCGCGAAGGUUCCGAUGGAGUAUUAAUCGCUCACGAAAACUGCAAUCAGUUCUACAAAUGCUUCAAUGGCAAACCCGUUACCAUAAGUUGUGCUGGCAACCUUCUCUACAAUCCUCACAAAAGAAUAUGUGAUUGGCCCGAGAAUGUCGAUUGUGGAGACAGAGUAAUUCCAGAAUGUGAUGACAAUGACAACGGCGCAGGCGGUGGAGGCGAUGGAGGUGAUGGAGGUGGCGGAGGAGGUGGAGGCGGUGGAGGCGGUGGAGGAGGCGGAGGCGGUGGAGAUGGCGACGGCGGUAGUGAUGACAAUGAUGGAACUUGCAACUGCAAUCCCGGUGAAGCACCUUCGAUUUGCGGUCAGGAUGGUUCUGACGGAGUCUUAAUCGCACACGAAAACUGCAACCAAUUCUACAAAUGCUUCAAUGGCAAACCCGUUGCAAUGAACUGUCCCGGCAACCUCCUCUACAACCCUCACCAGAGAAUAUGUGAUUGGCCCGAGAAUGUCGAUUGUGGAGACAGAGUAAUUCCAGAAUGUGAUGACAAUGACAAUGGCGGAGGCGGCGGAGGCGGUGGAGGCGGCGGAGGCGGCGGAGGAGGUGGAGGAGGCGGAGGCGGUGGAGGUGGUGGAGAUGGCGACGGCGGUAGUGAUGACAAUGAUGGAACUUGCAACUGCAAUCCCGGUGAAGCACCUUCGAUUUGCGCUCAGGACGGUUCUGAUGGAGUCUUAAUCGCACACGAAAACUGCAAUCAAUUCUACAAAUGCUUCAAUGGCAAACCCGUUGCAAUGAACUGUCCCGGCAACCUUCUCUACAACCCUCACCAGAGAAUAUGUGAUUGGCCCGAGAAUGUUGAUUGUGGAGACAGAGUAAUUCCAGAAUGUGAUGACAAUGACAACGGCGGAGGCGGUGGAGACGGUGGAGGCGGCGGAGGCGGCGGAGGAGGUGGAGGAGGCGGAGGCGGUGGAGGUGGUGGAGAUGGCGACGGCGGUAGUGAUGACAAUGAUGGAACUUGCAACUGCAAUCCCGGUGAAGCACCUUCGAUUUGCGGUCAGGAUGGUUCUGACGGAGUCUUAAUCGCACACGAAAACUGCAAUCAAUUCUACAAAUGCUUCAAUGGCAAACCCGUUGCAAUGAACUGUCCCGGCAACCUUCUCUACAACCCUCACCAGAGAAUAUGUGAUUGGCCCGAGAAUGUCGAUUGUGGAGACAGAGUAAUUCCAGAAUGUGAUGACAAUGACAACGGCGGAGGCGGUGGAGACGGUGGAGGCGGCGGAGGCGGCGGAGGAGGUGGAGGCGGCGGAGGCGAUGGAGGAGGCGGAGGCGGUGGAGGUGGUGGAGAUGGCGACGGCGGUAGUGAUGACAAUGAUGGAACUUGCAACUGCAAUCCCGGUGAAGCACCUUCGAUUUGCGCUCAGGACGGUUCUGAUGGAGUCUUAAUCGCACACGAAAACUGCAAUCAAUUCUACAAAUGCUUCAAUGGCAAACCCGUUGCAAUGAACUGUCCCGGUAACCUUCUCUACAACCCUCACCAGAAAAUAUGUGAUUGGCCCGAGAAUGUUGAUUGUGGAGACAGAGUAAUUCCAGAAUGUGAUGACAAUGACAAUGGCGGAGGCGGCGGAGGCGGUGGAGGCGGCGGAGGAGGUGGAGGCGGCGGAGGCGGCGGAGGAGGUGGAGGAGGCGGAGGCGGUGGAGGUGGUGGAGAUGGCGACGGCGGUAGUGAUGACAAUGAUGGAACUUGCAACUGCAAUCCCGGUGAAGCACCUUCGAUUUGCGCUCAGGACGGUUCUGAUGGAGUCUUAAUCGCACACGAAAACUGCAAUCAAUUCUACAAAUGCUUCAAUGGCAAACCCGUUGCAAUGAACUGUCCCGGCAACCUUCUCUACAACCCUCACCAGAGAAUAUGUGAUUGGCCCGAGAAUGUUGAUUGUGGAGACAGAGUAAUUCCAGAAUGUGAUGACAAUGACAACGGCGGAGGCGGUGGAGACGGUGGAGGCGGCGGAGGCGGCGGAGGAGGUGGAGGAGGCGGAGGCGGUGGAGGUGGUGGAGAUGGCGACGGCGGUAGUGAUGACAAUGAUGGAACUUGCAACUGCAAUCCCGGUGAAGCACCUUCGAUUUGCGCUCAGGACGGUUCUGAUGGAGUCUUAAUCGCACACGAAAACUGCAAUCAAUUCUACAAAUGCUUCAAUGGCAAACCCGUUGCAAUGAACUGUCCCGGCAACCUUCUCUACAACCCUCACCAGAGAAUAUGUGAUUGGCCCGAGAAUGUCGAUUGUGGAGACAGAGUAAUUCCAGAAUGUGAUGACAAUGACACCGGCGGAGGCGGUGGAGGCGGUGGAGGCGGCGGCGGAGGUGGAGACGGCGGAGGCGGUGGAGGAGGUGGAGGAGGCGGAGGCGAUGGAAGUGGCGACGGCGGUAGUGAUGAUAAUGAUGGAACUUGCAACUGCAAUCCCGGUGAAGCACCUUCGAUUUGCGCUCAGGACGGUUCUGAUGGAGUUUUAAUUGCACACGAAAACUGCAACCAAUUCUACAUAUGCUCCAAUGGCAAACCUGUUACAAUGAACUGUCCUGAUAACCUUCUCUACAACCCUCACAAAAGAAUAUGUGAUUGGCCCGAGAAUGUCGAUUGUGGAGACAGAGUAAUUCCAGAAUGUGAUGACAAUGACAACGGUGGAGGAGGUGGAGGCGGCGGAGGCGGUGGAGGAGGUGGAGGAGGCGGAGGCGGUGGAGGAGGUGGAGGAGGCGGAGGCGGUGGAGGUGGCGACGGCGGUAGUGAUGACAAUGAUGGAACUUGCAACUGCAAUCCCGGUGAAGCACCUUCGAUUUGCGGUCAGGAUGGUUCUGACGGAGUCUUAAUCGCACACGAAAACUGCAAUCAAUUCUACAAAUGCUUCAAUGGCAAACCCGUUGCAAUGAACUGUCCCGGCAACCUUCUCUACAACCCUCACCAGAGAAUAUGUGAUUGGCCCGAGAAUGUUGAUUGUGGAGACAGAGUAAUUCCAGAAUGUGAUGACAAUGACAACGGCGGAGGCGGUGGAGACGGUGGAGGCGGCGGAGGCGGCGGAGGAGGUGGAGGCGGCGGAGGCGAUGGAGGAGGCGGAGGCGGUGGAGGCGGCGGAGAUGGCGACGGCGGUAGUGAUGACAAUGAUGGAACUUGCAACUGCAAUCCCGGUGAAGCACCUUCGAUUUGCGGUCAGGAUGGUUCUGACGGAGUCUUAAUCGCACACGAAAACUGCAAUCAAUUCUACAAAUGCUUCAAUGGCAAACCCGUUGCAAUGAACUGUCCCGGCAACCUUCUCUACAACCCUCACAAGAGAAUAUGUGAUUGGCCCGAGAAUGUCGAUUGUGGAGACAGAGUAAUUCCAGAAUGUGAUGACAAUGACAACGGCGGAGGCGGUGGAGACGGUGGAGGCGGAGGAGGCGGCGGAGGUGGCGGAGGAGGUGGAGGAGGUGGAGGAGGUGGAGAUGGUGGAGCUGGCGAUGGCGGCAGCGAUGACAAUGAUGGAACUUGCAACUGCAAUCCCGGUGAAGCACCUUCGAUUUGCGCUCAGGACGGUUCUGAUGGAGACUUAAUCGCACACGAAAACUGCAAUCAAUUCUACAAAUGCUUCAAUGGUAAACCCGUUGCAAUGAACUGUCCCGGUAACCUUCUCUACAACCCUCACAAGAGAAUAUGUGAUUGGCCCGAGAAUGUCGAUUGUGGAGACAGAGUAAUUCCAGAAUGUGAUGACAAUGACAACGGCGGAGGCGGUGGAGACGGUGGAGGCGGAGGAGGCGGCGGAGGUGGCGGAGGAGGUGGAGGAGGUGGAGAUGGUGGAGCUGGCGAUGGCGGCAGCGAUGACAAUGAUGGAACUUGCAACUGCAACCCCGGUGAAGCACCUUCGAUUUGCGGUCAGGACGGUUCUGACGGAGUCUUAAUCGCACACGAAAACUGCAACCAAUUCUACAAAUGCUUCAAUGGCAAACCCGUAGCAAUGGACUGUCCCGGCAACCUUCUCUACAACCCUCACCAGAGAAUAUGUGAUUGGCCCGAGAAUGUCGAUUGUGGAGACAGAGUAAUUCCAGAAUGUGAUGACAAUGACAACGGCGGAGGCGGUGGAGGCGAUGGAGGUGGUGGAGGCGGCGGAGGAGGUGGAGGCGGUGGAGGCGGUGGAGGAGGCGGAGGAGGUGGAGGCGGCGGAGAUGGCGACGGCGGUAGUGAUGACAAUGAUGGAACUUGCAACUGCAAUCCCGGUGAAGCACCUUCGAUUUGCGGUCAGGAUGGUUCUGACGGAGUCUUAAUCGCACACGAAAACUGCAAUCAAUUCUACAAAUGCUUCAAUGGCAAACCCGUUGCAAUGAACUGUCCCGGCAACCUUCUCUACAACCCUCACAAGAGAAUAUGUGAUUGGCCCGAGAAUGUCGAUUGUGGAGACAGAGUAAUUCCAGAAUGUGAUGACAAUGACAACGGCGGAGGCGGUGGAGACGGUGGAGGCGGAGGAGGCGGCGGAGGUGGCGGAGGAGGUGGAGGAGGUGGAGAUGGUGGAGCUGGCGAUGGCGGCAGCGAUGACAAUGAUGGAACUUGCAACUGCAACCCCGGUGAAGCACCUUCGAUUUGCGGUCAGGACGGUUCUGACGGAGUCUUAAUCGCACACGAAAACUGCAACCAAUUCUACAAAUGCUUCAAUGGCAAACCCGUAGCAAUGGACUGUCCCGGCAACCUUCUCUACAACCCUCACCAGAGAAUAUGUGAUUGGCCCGAGAAUGUCGAUUGUGGAGACAGAGUAAUUCCAGAAUGUGAUGACAAUGACAACGGCGGAGGCGGUGGAGGCGAUGGAGGUGGUGGAGGCGGCGGAGGAGGUGGAGGCGGUGGAGGCGGUGGAGGAGGCGGAGGAGGUGGAGGCGGCGGAGAUGGCGACGGCGGUAGUGAUGACAAUGAUGGAACUUGCAACUGCAAUCCCGGUGAAGCACCUUCGAUUUGCGGUCAGGAUGGUUCUGACGGAGUCUUAAUCGCACACGAAAACUGCAAUCAAUUCUACAAAUGCUUCAAUGGCAAACCCGUUGCAAUGAACUGUCCCGGCAACCUUCUCUACAACCCUCACAAGAGAAUAUGUGAUUGGCCCGAGAAUGUCGAUUGUGGAGACAGAGUAAUUCCAGAAUGUGAUGACAAUGACAACGGCGGAGGCGGUGGAGACGGUGGAGGCGGAGGAGGCGGCGGAGGUGGCGGAGGAGGUGGAGGAGGUGGAGAUGGUGGAGCUGGCGAUGGCGGCAGCGAUGACAAUGAUGGAACUUGCAACUGCAACCCCGGUGAAGCACCUUCGAUUUGCGGUCAGGACGGUUCUGACGGAGUCUUAAUCGCACACGAAAACUGCAACCAAUUCUACAAAUGCUUCAAUGGCAAACCCGUAGCAAUGGACUGUCCCGGCAACCUUCUCUACAACCCUCACCAGAGAAUAUGUGAUUGGCCCGAGAAUGUCGAUUGUGGAGACAGAGUAAUUCCAGAAUGUGAUGACAAUGACAACGGCGGAGGCGGUGGAGGCGAUGGAGGUGGUGGAGGCGGCGGAGGAGGUGGAGGCGGUGGAGGCGGUGGAGGAGGCGGAGGAGGUGGAGGCGGCGGAGAUGGCGACGGCGGUAGUGAUGACAAUGAUGGAACUUGCAACUGCAAUCCCGGUGAAGCACCUUCGAUUUGCGGUCAGGAUGGUUCUGACGGAGUCUUAAUCGCACACGAAAACUGCAAUCAAUUCUACAAAUGCUUCAAUGGCAAACCCGUUGCAAUGAACUGUCCCGGCAACCUUCUCUACAACCCUCACAAGAGAAUAUGUGAUUGGCCCGAGAAUGUCGAUUGUGGAGACAGAGUAAUUCCAGAAUGUGAUGACAAUGACAACGGCGGAGGCGGUGGAGACGGUGGAGGCGGAGGAGGCGGCGGAGGUGGCGGAGGAGGUGGAGGAGGUGGAGAUGGUGGAGCUGGCGAUGGCGGCAGCGAUGACAAUGAUGGAACUUGCAACUGCAACCCCGGUGAAGCACCUUCGAUUUGCGGUCAGGACGGUUCUGACGGAGUCUUAAUCGCACACGAAAACUGCAACCAAUUCUACAAAUGCUUCAAUGGCAAACCCGUAGCAAUGGACUGUCCCGGCAACCUUCUCUACAACCCUCACCAGAGAAUAUGUGAUUGGCCCGAGAAUGUCGAUUGUGGAGACAGAGUAAUUCCAGAAUGUGAUGACAAUGACAACGGCGGAGGCGGUGGAGGCGAUGGAGGUGGUGGAGGCGGCGGAGGAGGUGGAGGCGGUGGAGGCGGUGGAGGAGGCGGAGGAGGUGGAGGCGGCGGAGAUGGCGACGGCGGUAGUGAUGACAAUGAUGGAACUUGCAACUGCAAUCCCGGUGAAGCACCUUCGAUUUGCGGUCAGGAUGGUUCUGACGGAGUCUUAAUCGCACACGAAAACUGCAAUCAAUUCUACAAAUGCUUCAAUGGCAAACCCGUUGCAAUGAACUGUCCCGGCAACCUUCUCUACAACCCUCACAAGAGAAUAUGUGAUUGGCCCGAGAAUGUCGAUUGUGGAGACAGAGUAAUUCCAGAAUGUGAUGACAAUGACAACGGCGGAGGCGGUGGAGACGGUGGAGGCGGAGGAGGCGGCGGAGGUGGCGGAGGAGGUGGAGGAGGUGGAGAUGGUGGAGCUGGCGAUGGCGGCAGCGAUGACAAUGAUGGAACUUGCAACUGCAACCCCGGUGAAGCACCUUCGAUUUGCGGUCAGGACGGUUCUGACGGAGUCUUAAUCGCACACGAAAACUGCAACCAAUUCUACAAAUGCUUCAAUGGCAAACCCGUAGCAAUGGACUGUCCCGGCAACCUUCUCUACAACCCUCACCAGAGAAUAUGUGAUUGGCCCGAGAAUGUCGAUUGUGGAGACAGAGUAAUUCCAGAAUGUGAUGACAAUGACAACGGCGGAGGCGGUGGAGGCGAUGGAGGUGGUGGAGGCGGCGGAGGAGGUGGAGGCGGUGGAGGCGGUGGAGGAGGCGGAGGAGGUGGAGGCGGCGGAGAUGGCGACGGCGGUAGUGAUGACAAUGAUGGAACUUGCAACUGCAAUCCCGGUGAAGCACCUUCGAUUUGCGGUCAGGAUGGUUCUGACGGAGUCUUAAUCGCACACGAAAACUGCAAUCAAUUCUACAAAUGCUUCAAUGGCAAACCCGUUGCAAUGAACUGUCCCGGCAACCUUCUCUACAACCCUCACAAGAGAAUAUGUGAUUGGCCCGAGAAUGUCGAUUGUGGAGACAGAGUAAUUCCAGAAUGUGAUGACAAUGACAACGGCGGAGGCGGUGGAGACGGUGGAGGCGGAGGAGGCGGCGGAGGUGGCGGAGGAGGUGGAGGAGGUGGAGAUGGUGGAGCUGGCGAUGGCGGCAGCGAUGACAAUGAUGGAACUUGCAACUGCAACCCCGGUGAAGCACCUUUGAUUUGCGGUCAGGAUGGUUCCGACGGAGUUUUUAUCGCACACGAAAACUGCAACCAGUUCUACUUAUGUUCCAAUGGAAAACCCGUUGCAUUGAGCUGCCCUGAAAACCUUCUCUACAAUCCUUAUAAACGAAUUUGCGACUGGCCAGAAAAUGUGACAUGCGGAGAUAGAGUUAUUCCAGAGUCGAAUGAAAAUGAUAGUAAUAAGGACGAUGGAGCCGAACAAGGUGAUUCUUGCAACUGUAAUCCUCGUGCAGCACAAAAAAUAUGCGAUGCAGUCAACUCUGAUGGAGCUUUGAUAGCUCAUGAAAAUUGUCAUCAAUUUUAUAAGUGUAAUUUCGGAUCACCGAUAACAUUUUCUUGUCCUGCGGGUCUUUAUUACAAUCCCUAUAAAGAAGUAUGUGAUUGGCCCGUAAACGUCGAAUGUGGAGACAGGAUAGAGACUCUAAGUGUCUCCCUGAAUAAGCAUUUGGACGCAGGUAGAUUAAGACCUAUACGUAUUUAAAUUACUACACUACAAACCAAGGGGAAAUGAAUAGUGUAAAAUGAACUUUCCUAGUCGUUACGUAUACUUACGGAGCAAGCCAUCUAUUUAUUUCAUUUGUCACUGCUCAUCCUUAUCAUAAGAAUUAAAUCUAUGAUAUUUAAUGUUUUGGCUCUAGUCAAUCGAGUUAUCGGAAAAAAACACUCAAAAAUUGUAAUUAUUUGAAAUAAACGAUUAAAGCAUAUUUACUAAUUUUUU